CCGCAGGACACGCCCAUUUUAUUCUGAGCCGCAGCAAUACCCUUCUCGAGCAACUCCCUCAUCAUGUGAUAAUGUCUUACUUUUUCGCAAUGGCGGCUUCCUGCGCGACUUUGUGUUUUUCGUUGACGUCACGGGGCUGAGCGGAAGUCCUGGAGGAUGCGCCAAGUUUAAAAUUGCGCCAUUUCUCCUGCCCAAUUUAUUUUUAUGUGUUUUUAGUUAUAAUCCUAGGUUUUUUUUUUUGUUUUUUUUUACGGGUUUCUAGAAUAUAUUUGUCGCAUGAGUUGAGUAAAUAUGGGCAUAAAGACAAAAGCAGAUUUGUUGGAUUCCAGUCACGUCGGUACGGACGGAGAUGCCAUUAAGGUGUUUGUCAGGGUGCGCCCCCCCACGCAAGGCAGUGGGCUGUCCACAGACGGAGACCUCAGCUUGUGCCUCACCGUGUCCUCGUCCAGCACCAUUCGCCUUCACUCCAAACCGGAGCCCAAAGUGUUCACGUACGAUCACGUGGCCGACACGGCCGUUUCUCAGGAGGAAGUUUUUUCUUGUGUUGCAAAAAACAUAAUCGAGUCCUGUAUGAAUGGAUAUAAUGGCACCGUUUUUGCCUAUGGUCAGACUGGUUCUGGAAAAACGUUUACCAUGCUGGGUCCCCCUGACUCUGACAACUUUACUCAUAAUAUGCGUGGAAUAAUUCCUCGUAGUUUUGAAUAUUUAUUUUUUUUGAUUAACCGAGAAAUUGAAAAGACAGGCAGUUCCAAGAGCUUCCUUUGCAAAUGUUCAUUUAUCGAGAUCUACAAUGAACAAAUAUUUGACCUUCUGGACAGCGCCUCUGCUAGUCUCUUUCUGAGGGAGAAUAUCAAGAAGGGAGUAUUUGUGGAUGGAGCCGUGGAAAAAGUCAUAACAUCAGCCGCAGAAGCUUAUCAGGUUUUAUCAAUGGGAUGGAGAAACCGACGUGUGGCUUCUACUUCAAUGAACAGAGAAUCUUCAAGAUCGCAUGCUGUCUUCACAGUUACAAUUGAAUCCAAGGAGACAGUCAAUGAAAUUAUAAACAUAAGGAGCUCCCAGCUGAAUCUGGUAGAUUUGGCUGGAUCUGAGAGACAGAAAGACACCCAUUCAGAAGGGACCCGCUUAAAGGAGGCAGGCAGUAUCAAUCGAUCAUUAAGCUGCCUUGGUCAGGUGAUGAUGGCAUUGGUGGAUGUAUCAAAUGGAAAGAAUCGGCACAUCUGUUACAGAGACUCCAAACUGACUUUUCUUCUUCGGGAUUCCCUUGGAGGAAAUGCAAAGACUUUCAUUAUUGCCAAUGUGCAUCCUGGGUCCAAGUGUUUUGGAGAGACUCUUUCUACUUUACAUUUUGCACAGCGUGCCAAGCUAAUUAAGAAUAAGGCAGUGGUUAAUGAAGAUACUGAGGGAAAUGUUCGGCAGCUCCAAGCAGAACUGAAGAAGCUGAAGGAACAAUUAUCUCUGAUAACAGGGCAACGAAUGCAAGGGGCUGGGCAAUUACAACAGGAUAUUUCACCAUUAAGCUCAGAUGUUGCUUCUACAGAGAAUAAUGCUUCUGCUGCUUUGUUUCGGGGUCGAUUUUUAAAAGCGGUUUCUUUAUGGAAGAAAAGUGAAAAUGACAAAAAGAAUUUAUUACAAAAAGUGGCACAACUUGAAGAUGCCUGGGCCAAAAAAGACAAGUUCAUACAAUCUUCCAGGAUGAUUGUGAAAUUUCGUGAGGAUCACAUUAGCCGAUUGGAGAAGACUUUAAAAAAUGGAGGUAGUGGUCUUUCUCGUGAUGACCAGAAUGCUUUGAUUGGUCAACUAAGACAGGAAAUUGAACUUUUAAAGGAACAGGUUGACCAACAUCCUCGUGUUGCAAAAUAUGCCACAGAAAAUCAUGCUCUUAGAGAAGAAAAUAAGAGACUGCGGUUGCUGGACUCCGUAAAGCAAGCUUUGGAGAUUGAUGCUCAGACGGCAGCAGACUUGGAGGGAGACUUUCUUAAGGCAUUGGAAACCAAGGAAGGCUCUGCAGCUCACUUGAGUCCUAUGACAUCUGAGAACACCUCGUCUGUUUCCAUUGAGAGACUAAAAGCCCAACUGACACAAAAGCAGACAGAGCAUACGAGUACAGUCCAGGCGUAUGAAGAGUUCAAAGAGUUGACAAAGAAGAAGAUCCUGGAAAUGGAGUCGAACAUCAGAUAUCUUGAAAAAGCCAAUCAAUCUUUGGAAAAAAUCUUGGAAGCAACUAAAGCUCAUAAACGGCAGGAGGUGUCACAACUGAACAAAAUGCAUGUGGAGACUAUUAAGAACCUCACAACACCCACAAAAGCCUAUAAUCUAAGGUCUCGACUGGUUCCUCAUUUAAGCCCUGAAGGAACACCAGUGUUAUUGAAAAGCACUGACAGUGUCGAAGAGCAAGUGGAUGAAAUAUUCAAUGAGCCCCCGCCGCCAGAAAUGAGUGAACUUGCUUAUGAGGCAAUUGCUGAGGAACUACGCAUGGUGCAGGAUCAAGCAAGUAAUCUUCAAAUCAAGCUUGAUGAGGAAGAGGUGGAAAAACGAAAACUACUUCAAGAAAAAAGCAAAUUAGAGGAGCAUUCUACACACGUUGAUGAGCUGUUUUCCACCGAGCGUGCUCUUUGGAGUAAAGAGCAGCAAAGGCUUGGAAGUCAAAUUAAAUCUCUGGAGAAAGACUUGGUGGAGGGUCAGAGUAAGAACGAAGUGCUGAAGAGUGAAGUGCAUGAUCUGCGAGUAGUUCUGCAGUCGGCAGAUAAAGAGCUUAACGCUGUAAAAGUGGAGUAUAGCUCCUAUAAAGAGAAACAGGAGCUUGAAUGGCGCCAGAUUUCCAGCAACAUGAUUGAGAUGCGCCUGCAGUUGGAUAAUGUCAGACUAGAAUAUGAAAAACUUCUGGAGGAAAAACGGUUUCUGCAGGAUUCCCAUGAUAACCUACAAGAAGUUAUGAAGUUUGAAUCUGAGGAGUAUAAACAAAGCCUGUCCGAGUGCAAGAAGGAGAACACAACUCUACAGUCUGAGCUCACUAAAAUGGUAGACUUUUUAAAAUCUGAAAAGGACCUCAAUCAAAAACUAACUUCACAACUGGAAGAUAAAGAAACCACAUCCAAAGAGCUAUUAAAAACAUUGGAUGAAAAUAUAAAUUUGAAAAAGCAGAUAUCUGAAUUUUCCAUUAAAUGUGACAAGCAGGCUUCAGAUAUACAAAAUUUAGAAAUAUGCCUUACAACAUCAAAGGCUGAAAUUGCAGAGUUGAAGAUGACUAAUGCAGCAGAUAAAGAAGUAAUAGCAGACAUGAUGAACCAAAUACAAGAACUAAGGUCAGACCUUAAUGAGAAAAAUGAAAUCUUAUCCUUGCUCUCCAGUGAGCUGGAAGAUAUAAAGGCAAAAUAUUGUGCUGCCUUAACUUUAAAAGAAGAGAACAGAGCAAUCAUUGAGAAACACGAGAAGGAACUGCUUGACUUGAAGGAUGCCAUUGAGCGCAAAGCAAUUUCUGACACUAUUGAGAAAGAGCUGUUGCAAGAUGAUUUGACCCACGCCACUGAGGAGAUCGGGAAGCUCACAGAAACCCUGGGCAGACAGGAAGCCAUUGUUCAGACCGCACUCAGAGAAGCCGCAGCUAAUCAGUCCGUCAUUGAAAACCUUGAACAGCAGCUUAAACAAAAAACUGAGGAAUUGGCAGAAAAAAUGGAACAAUCUCUUCUGCAACCUGCUAUCCCAGCAUCCCUUCCACAGACACCUAAAACUCCAGUGAGCUUAAACGCCGAUUUAUCCAGAGUACUGGAGACUCAGGAUGCUGAAUUACACAGCUUAAGAUCAUCAGUAGCAACACUGGAGAUGCUUGUGAAUGAACUGAAUGAAGAGCGUUCUGCGAAAAACGAUGAGAUUCUGAGACUUAAGUGUCAACUUUGUGAACUGGAGAACAUGAAACUUGAAAAACAAAAUCUGCUUAAUCAAAGUUACUCUUCACAAAAACAGCGCAGUGACGUUCAAAAAGGGAGCAGUGAGGAAAAAACAAAUAAAGAUGAACAAAAGAUUUGUAAAGAACUGGCUGAGGAAAAAGCAGCUAAGAAUGCAGCACUUAAACAACUGAAUCUUGUUGAAUCUGAGCUGAAAGAAACACGUGCAACCUUAGCAAAUGCACAAAUAUGCAUACAAGAAAUGACAAGUGAGCUAAGGCUUCGAUCAAUUGAAGUUAAAUCUUUCCAGGAAAACUUUACAGAACAGGAUAAACUUUUGAAGGAGGUAGAUAUUCUACGGAAACAAGUUGAGUUAUUAACAGAAGAAAACGGGAAGCUGGCUGGGCACCACAAUUUACAGCAAAAAAUCCAGUACAUGGUGAGGCUGAAAAAGGAUAAUACUAAGCUUGUUGAGGAAAACGAGUUACUGCGAUUAAAACUCCUCAAUAUGGAAGAGACCUUCAAAAGGACAGAAUCUUCCAUUUAAAGACUAUAUUAAUCAGAGAUUCACGAUGCCAGAGGACCCGUUGUUCUUUACUGAGUUGUACUUUUUAUAGAGUAAAAUGUAGUGUGACUAUAGUAUCAUAAUAAAUGCUUAAUUGUAAUAUAUCUUUUAUUAAAAAAAAAUUCAUAAAUGCUAAAAUGGUCAGCAGGUUAUGUUCCCCUAACAC